GCAUUCAUUUCCCACAUGUUUGAGGUGGCUGCCGCCAUAUUGCCAGCACGCUCGUAAGGGUUUUUUGGAGGAGAUAAAUUCGAUAAUUUAGUUAUGAUCUCAAUUUAAAGAAGCGGAUCAGCAACUAAACCAACUCAACAUGCCUACCUACUUUCAGCGACCAGAGAAUGCUCUUAAACGAGCAAAUGAAUUCAUUGAUGUUGGAAAGAAGCAAAGAGCUUUAGAUGCAUUGUAUGAUGUCAUCAAAAGCAAAAAGCAUCGAACAUGGCAGAAGAUUCACGAGCCUAUUAUGGAAAAGUACCUCCAACUCUGCGUGGAGCUCCGCAAAAGUCAUAUUGCCAAAGAAGGACUUUACCAGUACAAAAACAUAUGCCAACAGGUGAACAUCAAAUCUCUAGAAGAUGUGGUAAGAAAAUACAUCCGUUUGGCAGAGUCCAAGACAGAGGGAGCUCGUCAAGAGUCGCACCAAGCUGUGGUGGACAUAGACGACCUGGAUAUUCCAGAUACACCUGAGAGCCUGUUGUUGAAGGCUGUAAGUGGUGAAGACACCCAGGACCGAACAGACCGGGCCAUCCUCACACCAUGGGUAAAGUUCUUGUGGGAGUCCUACAGACAGUGUCUUGACCUGCUGAGGAACAACUCCAGAGUAGAAAGGCUUUAUCAGGACAUAGCUCAGCAAGCAUUCAAGUUUUGUUUGGAGUACACUCGGAAGACUGAAUUCAGGAAACUGUGUGAUAAUUUGAGAACCCAUCUUGGACACAUCCACAAGCACCAGAACCAGCAGACAGCCAUCAAUUUAAACAACCCUGAGUCGCAAGCCAUGCACCUGGAGACAAGACUGGUACAACUUGAUAGUGCCAUUAACAUGGAGCUUUGGCAGGAAGCAUUUAAGGCAGUGGAAGACAUCCAUGGCUUGAUCUGUUUGUCAAAGAAGCCUCCAAAGCCCUCACUCAUGGCCAACUACUACCAAAAACUGGGGCUAGUGUUCUGGAAGUCUGGGAAUGCUUUGUUUCAUGCCAGCACACUUCACAGACUGUUCCACCUGUCCAGGGAACAGCGUAAAAAUCUCUCACAGGAUGAACUCCAGAAAAUGGCAUCCAAGGUACUGUGUGCCACUCUAGCUGUGCCAAUUCCACCAUCAAGAAACGCCAUUGACCAACUCCUUGAGACCAAUGAAAGCACUAUGGAAAAGCAACGUCGUCUGGCAACCCUGCUUAUGCUGAACAGCCCACCAACUCGACAAGGCCUCAUUAAAGACCUGGUCAAGUACAACAUCAUUCAGUACGUGAACCCCGAACUGCAAAAUUUGUACAAUUGGUUGGAGGUUGACUUUCACCCACUUUGUCUGUAUGACAGAGUAAAGGCUCCUGUGGAGUUCAUCGCUGGUGUUGAUGAUCUUAGCCAGUACAUGAAUUGCCUAGAGAACAUAAUCAUCACAAGAGUCCUGAAACAGGUGUCCCAAGUCUACCAAACUAUAGAGUUUUCUAGAAUAGCUGCCCUUGUCCCCUUUGCCUCAAGUUUCCGUCUGGAAAGAGUAAUUGUGGAAUCUGCAAGAACCUUGGAUCUCCAGGUGAGAAUUGACCACCGCAAGGCCUGUCUGAGUUUUGGAACAGAUCUCAUGGUGGCCCAAAAGGAAGAUGUGCCUGAAGGUCCUUACAUUCAGAGCAUGCCAAGUGAACAGAUACGUAACCAACUGACCAGCAUUGCUGAAGCACUUCACAAGUCUGUCAUCCUCAUUGAGCCAAAGGAGCGCAAGGUCCAGAGAGAAGAGCUGCGUAUGCAGAUCAUUAACAACUACAGGAUGACUUACAAGAAAGAUCACAGCCGAAUCCUCCAGCGCAGACAAAUUAUUGAGAGUCGAAAGGAGGAGCUGGAACAUAUGAAUGACCAAAGGGAGCGAGAGGAGUUGGAACAGGCGGAAGAAAUCAGAAAAAAAGCUUACGAUGCUGAGAUGGCUCGCUUGGACAGAGAGGCAAAAGAGCGCGAGAGACAGCGACGUGUUGAGGAGCACAAGGAGAUUCAAAAGAAGCAUGCCAUGGAGAAAAUUGAACAACUGAAAAAAACAGAGAUUGGCUCUAAGGUUUUACAGAAUCUUGAUGAAGAGGACUUUGAGAAACUUGAUGUUGAUGAGAUCAUGCAAAAACAACUGGAGCAGCUUGAGAAAGAAAAGAAAGAAUUACAAGAACGUUUGAAAAGUCAGGAAAAGAAGAUUGACUACUUUGCUCGUGCAAAGCGUGUAGAAGAAAUUCCUCUGCUAAUUGACCAGUACGAAACAGAAAGUAAAGAAGCCAGAGCAUUUUGGGAGCAUAUGGAAGAAGAAAGGAUUGAGAGGAUGAAGUCUGAGAGGAAAAUGGCUCUCGAGACUCAGGUUCGUCUUAGCCGCAUGGUUCAGGACAAAGAUGAUUUCCUCAACAGACUCAAGGACCAGAGGAAGGAAGAGUUCAAGAAAAAGCUACAAGAAUUUGAUGAAAAAAUGAAGGAAGAGCGUAAGAGACGUAUCAAAGAGAGAAAGGAGAAGAGGAAGGAAGAGAGGAAAAAUAAGUGGAGGGCUGAAAAGGAAGAAGCUGAACAGAAAGCAAGGGAUGAGGCCCUCAUUAGGGAGCGUGAAGAGAAGGAACAAGAGGAGUUGGAAAAAAUGGAGGAAGAACGACGUGAAUAUGAGUCAAGACUCGCAAAAUUGGAGGAAAUUGAGAACAAACGUAAAGCAAGGGAGCAGGAGAUUGAAGAAAAAGAGAUGAGGAGGCGUGAAGAGGAAAGGUCUACUCCGAGUAACAGACAAGAUGAGAGAACGACUGACCGACCUUCAUGGAAACCAGAGGGGGGCCGUGAAGGAGGGGGAUGGAGAGAACGAGAGAAACAAAGGACAGACAGCUGGAAAAAAGAAGCUAGCCCUGUUAAGAACAUGGAGGAGGAUAGAUGGGGCCGUAAUAAAGAGAGUGGUAGGCCUGAUGAAGGUAGGGAACCAUGGCGUAGCCAUGAGGGACGUGAUGAUGGAGAAAGAGAUGGUUGGAGAGGAGGCUCCCGAGAUGACAGAGAAAGUGAUGGGUUUAGAGGAUCACAAAGAGAAGAACGGGGUGGAUUUGAAAGAGGUUCUAGGGAGGGUAGAGAUGGAUAUGGGGAUCGAGGUCCGAGAGAUGAGAGAGAUAGCUUCAGAGGUCCCCCUAGAGAUGAAGGACGUUGGGGUGACAGAGGUCAAAGAGAUGACCAGGAUGGGCCGCGCAACUGGCGAAGAGAUGAUAGAGGCCCAAGAGAAGAAGGAAGUGGGCCUUGGAGAGGAAGUCGUGGUGGCGACUCUGAAGGUGGAAGAUGGAGUUCUCGGGGAGGUGACUCUGAAGGUGGAAGAUGGGGCUCACGAGGAGGCGACUCUGAAGGUGGAAGAUGGGGCUCACGAGGAGGUGACUCUGAAGGUGGAAGAUGGGGCUCACGAGGAGGUGACUCUGAAGGUGGAAGAUGGGGCUCACGAGGAGGUGACUCUGAAGGCAGUGGUCGAUGGUCUAGAGGUGGUGAUGCCGAGGGAGGGAGAAGAGGUGACACAGAGAGCAGGUGGUCUAGAGGAGGAGACUCUGAGGGUGGAAGCAGAUGGGGCUCCAGAGGAGGAGAUUCUGAAGGUGGACGUUGGGGGUCCCGAGGACGAGACUCGGAAGUUGGACAAAGGGAACGAGACUCGGAUGGUGGCGGCAGAUGGGGCACAAGGGAUGGUGACUCAGAGGGUGGAAGUAAAUGGGGUUCAAGAGGUGGAGACCCAGACAGUGGAAGAAGAGGUGACUCUGAUAGUGGAAGUAGAUGGAAAUCGGGAAGGGCAGGAAUGCCUAGGGAUGUACGCCUGGAUGAUCCGAUCCCAGAGAACAGACCACCACGUGAGGAGUGGAAGCCUAAAUCAGAAGAGGCUAGGAGAGGAGAAGGCAAUAGAGCAUGGAGAGAAAACCCAUCGCCAGAAAAAGGCAAGCCCCGUGGUGAUGGUGAGAAACAGGAAGAUGGUUGGACAACCGUCAACUAUAAAUAGACAUGGACAACCGUCAACUAUAAAUAGAGAGCGGUUACCGCAACAAUGUUUCCACCACUACAUCAACUUUCUAACAAAGGAAUUUUUGAAUAAUUUUAUUUAUUACGUUAUGUAAAUUGAGCAAGCUUGCCUUGGUUUGCUGACAUAUAUCUUUGAGAUGAAAGCAGACAAAAACUUUGUAUUUCUUUUAUUUACCUGUCUUUAUCAAAUUUCUUAAAUUAAGAAUAAAUACUUUGAAUUAGA